AUGUAUGAAGGCUUUUCAGAUAUGAGAGAUGAAUUGUUAAAUAGUACAAUAUUGUAUAAUCCAGAUUUUUCUAUGCCAUUCUGUAUGAGUACUUAUCUUAAUUAUUGUGUGCUAGGGGUAGAUACUUUUCAACUCUUCAAAGCCGAAAAUGGAAAUUUUGAGGGAUACUUCUUAGGAUACAAAACAAUUGUUUAUAAUGAUCACAAAGCUUUGAGUUUAUUGCUGCAGGGUAGGUUACAGAAGAAUAGGUUCACAAUGUGGGCCAGGUAUUUGCAUAAAUUUCACACAGAGGUAAUAUACAUAAAAGGAGUUGAUAAUAUUAUUGGUGAUAUAUUGUCCCAUUGA